UUAUUAUUACUGUCCAAAUUUAUUUGUUAUUGACGCAACAUUUGUCAGUGGUAUCAGUUAAGGAUUUGUAUCGUAAAAAGAAGAGAAAAUAUUUUUAAUUCGCUUAUUUUGUUAUUCAGAUGUCGGCAACUCUACAAAGAGUACAUCAGGCGGAUUCUUGUAUAAUUACGCCAACAGCUGAUGUAGUGAAUGUACAGACAAACAAAUACACACUCACAGACGUCGCUGAUCAUCAUGACAUGACGUCAUGUUGGAUUAUAAUUGAGAAUAAAGUAUAUGAUGUCACCAAGUUCCUAUUUGAGCAUCCUGGUGGAUAUGAUAUACUUCUAGAGCAUGCUGGAAGGGAUGCGACGUGUGCUUUUGAAGAGGUGGGACAUUCUAGAGAUGCCAAACAAAUUCUUCAAGAUUAUUGUAUUGGCGAUGUCAUAAAAAACAAAUAACGGAUAAUAAAAAAGAAAGAAGAUUUAAAUAAUUCUGUCUCAGAUUGUACGUUUACUGAAUGAUAAUAGUAUUUUAUAUGAGCUGGCAGCAUCCUUUUUAUAAUAAUUUAUUUCGGUGUAUAUUUGUUCAGGUAUCGUUGAUUGUUUAGUUCUUUUUUUCUAUUAUUGCUGUCGCCACAAUAUAUAUGGACCGAACUGUAAAAUUUCUGGCUACUUUUUAGAAACUCGAUUUUCUAACAACCCAUGACUAUUGACACUUUUAUCAGUGCAAGUACAUACUUAUAUUUGCCAUUAUCAAAUUGUUUUGUACUCUCAAUCAGGUACUGGGGACUGGGAGCUCAAAUUGUAUAAGCAAUGGAAUGCACAUGUUGUUUAUAUUGAUAAGACAUAUUUCUUAUUUGUUACUGAUUUUUGAAUCCUCUAUAUAUACUCUUGGUAACUUUGACGCAUUG